AUGAAGAAAGACCUGCAGAAUUAUCAUGGUAGCUUGAGAAAUUUGAUAAAGAUAAGAGAUGCACAAAUGUUUGUUGACACUCUUGCUAAAAAGAACUCCAUCAAUUCUGGGUUUUAUUUUGACUAUGUUGUUGAUGAAGAGGGUAAAUUGGUAUACAUAUUUUGGGCAGAUACUACUAGCAGGAAGAAAUACUCACAUUUUGGGGAGUUGAUCUCUUUUGAUGCUACAUACAACACAAACGAGUACAACAUGAAGUUUACACCAUUCACUGGAGUUAACGACUAUGGUAGUUGUGUAUUAUUGGGAGCUGCAUUGAUUCUUGAUGAGACAAUAGAAUCACAUGUAUGGUUGUUCAAUACAUUCUUGAAAGCAAUGGGAGGGUCAGCACCCAGACUUAUCAUAACCGAUGAAGAUACUAGCAGGAAGGCGGCCAUCGCCAAAGUGUUCCCAACGAUCGUACAUAGAUUAUGCAUGUGGCACAUAUUGAUGAAGUUUCCGGACAAGGUCGGUGCACCGGUGAGGGAGGACAGAGAGUUUUAUAAGCGUUUGAACCAUUUCAUAUAUUCCUCUGAAACAGCUGAGGAGUUUGAGUCAGAAUGGGCUAAAAUGAUUAUGGAGUAUGGAUUGGAAGGCAAUGAAUGGCUAGCUUACCGGUAUCACAUUCGUGCAUCAUGGAUACCAGCUUAUUUUAGGGACACAUUCUUGGGUGAAAUUCUUAGAACAACUUCACGGUCAGAGAGUGCUAACUCUUUUUUCAAAUGUUUUAUUGGUUACAAACAUACUUUGGUCGAGUUCUGGGUUCGGUUCGAUACUGCAGUCAAAGAACAACGACAAAAAGAGUUUAUACAAGACAAUGCUAGCUUCCAUACAUUGCCAAUACUGAAGACAGGAUAG